AUGGCGAACCAGGAUAAAGCAGAAGAGUGGAUCGACCGCACCAAUGAAGCCCUUGGUGAAAUCGGAAACGGCUACGAAUUAACUCCCACGCUGCAGCAUCUCUAUCUCACGAACAAUCGCAUAUCCAAAAUUGAAAAACUAAGCCCAUGCCUGGCGCUUCGCGAACUUGUUCUUCGCCAGAAUUCCAUCAAGGUCAUUGAGGGUAUUGACGCUCUUGAGGAGCUGGAAGAGCUUGACUUGUACAUGAACCAAAUUGACCAUAUACCUUCAGACGGUUUCAAGAAAAACUCAGAACUCAAACGACUCGACUUGAGUUUCAACGACAUACGCGAAUUGAAAGGGUUUCCCUCCAACAACUUGCCGAACCUGGAAGAGCUAUAUCUCAUCGGGAACAAAAUUCGCAUAGUUUCCGACUUGCAAUCUAUGCCGAAGCUCAUCAUGUUGGAAUUGGGGGACAAUCGCUUGCGUGUGAUCGAAAAUCUCGACCGCUUGCCAAGUUUACAAGGUUUGUGGCUUGGCAGAAACAAGAUCACUCGCAUCGAAGGAUUACAAAAACUCACUAAACUGCGAAGACUCAGUAUUCAGAGCAACCGCAUCACCUGUAUUGAAGGCUUAGAACAUCUCGAACAUCUGGAAGAAUUGUACCUGAGCCAUAAUGGUAUAACUUCGAUGCAAGGAAUCCAAAGCCUGAAGAACAUCCAAGUUUUGGACUUGGGUGUUAAUUUUAUUGAACACAUUGAAUGCAUUGAGAACCUUUCCAACCUCAGAGAGUUUUGGAUAAAUGGCAACAAACUUUCUUCCUUCGAUGAGUUGAAUUCAUUGCGAAGUGCAACGCGACUUGAGACGGUCUACCUGGAAGCAAACCCCCUGGCAAAAGAUCCGCAGUACCAAGCCAAAGCGCUUGAGAUUUUACCAACUUCUCUGGAACAGUUAGAUGCGCUUCUAGUUGACGAUGCGCGGAAGCAAAUCGCUGCACAGUCUUGCAGGGAAGACCAGGCAGCGGUUGCAGAUAAACCCGAACACGCCGCGGAGGAGACUGUCAUCGCAAAUGCCAUGGGGGGGAACCUGACGGACGGUUCCCGAGUAAUCCAAAUUGACGGGCGCCUAGACAGAGACUCGCAAAAUGAGGUGCCGGGGGAUGAGCCCUCCCGCGAUGAUACCGUGGAGACCGUUCCAUCCCGAAAAGUCGCGUCCGAGCACACCGUUACUAUGGCACCAGACGUGAAAGUAUCGCUUAGUCAAAGCCUUGAACAGGGCGAUGCCACGCGUGAAACCCAAAGCCAAUCAACGACUCACGAAAUCGGCUAA